UAAAAGGAAAAGGGAAAAACAAAAAGAAAAAAGAAAAAAGAAAAAAGAACAUAGGAGGGAGAAGGAUCGGAUAAUCAGAAUACGACCAAGCUGGCAUAGCCGCUCAGACUUCUAAGAAGAUAAAAUGGAUAAAUAAUUAAUCACAACCAAAAACGAAAAAAAAAAAAACAACAAAAAUGGCGCUUGUUUCUUCUUCAUCUCCAUGUUCCUCUCAUCCCUUUCCAUCCUCAGACCGAUGGAAUUGCAGGCUUUCCUCCUCCUCCUCCUCUCCUCUCCACACUUCCAUGGCCGCCUCUCGCCGCCUCCGGUGCCGGCCAAUCGCCGCCUCGUCGCUCUGUACCGAUAACCAGACGAUUCCUCCUUCGUCCGCCAUCGACCGCUCCGCCGUCUCCGUCGCCGAGGCCUUCUCCGAGGACCAGCUCUGGGCAGCCGCUUCUCUCCGCGUUCGCUCCUUCUACGAAUUCAACCCUAGCAGUUAUCGCAUCGAAGAUCACAAAAAGUACUUGACAGAGCGCGAGUUUGAAGCACUAAAAGAGCGGAUUGCUGGGAGGAGGGAAGAGUUUAGAAGAGUUUCUUGCAUAAAUGCUACUGUUCCGUUGUCGCAGAUAUCAAAACUUUCAGAUGAUUUAUGUGCUUCAUGUAAGUUUUCUUCCAAUGGAGAAGAUCGAGUGGUAGUUGGGACCCUUGAUCUUAACCAAUGCAUAAGGCUUCCAGAUGAGAUAGUUGGAAAGAAACCACAGGGUAUUGGAGCUGAUUUUGCAAGAGCGUAUCUGAGCAAUGUGUGUGUGGCGGCAGAAUUGCAUAGACAUGGGUUAGGUUAUGCAGUUAUUGCAAAGUCAAAGUUAGUUGCUCAAGAAUGGGGUAUAUCUGAUCUAUACGUACAUGUAGCCGUUGACAAUGAACCAGCUAAAAAGUUGUACCUAAAGAGUGGUUUUGUCUAUGAAAGUGAUGAACCUGCAUGGCAAGCCAGGUUUCUAGAUCGACCACGGAGGAUUCUUUUAUGGACUGGUCUACCUGGUGUGCAACUAUGAGAUAUCAAGUUAUUCUGCUAUAGUAAAUAAUUUGCCAUGAUUUGAUUUAAUUUAAUUCAAUCUCUGGUUUAAUCUUGAAAUUAUUAACAUAUAUGAAGACGUUCAGUUAUAAAUGUAAAGUAAUGUGUUAUAAGAUUCGUACUGUAAUUGGACGGGAAACAGUUUCUCAUAGAAGAAAGACAAGGUAAUAAUACAAUGCUUCACGU